UGGUUACUCGCAUGUCAUGUAACGAAUGUGUCUGAGCACUUUAAAAAUGGCAGAUACAAUCGGCUAUUUAGAAACGGACGAGAUGGCGGAAUCAAAUAAUGUUGUGCAAACGUCCAUUACUGCGAAAUCUGCAAGGUUUACGAAACGAAGUGAGAAAAUUUACGCUGCACUAUUUCUAAGCGCUGUCACAAGUAUCUCUGCCCUUGCUGGUUUUGCCAGAGCAGUGUCAGUGGCCAGAAAACAGGAUCCAAAGUAUUUUGGAAAAGGUAUCUCUGGUGCCAAAGGAGUCAACGAAACUGGCGCCUCAUUGGCAAUACGAGCCCUUGGCUGGGGCUCGUUUUAUGCUGUCACAGGAUGUGGCCUAUUUUUCUAUGCAAUCUGGAAGGUUUCUGGAGCCACUACUGCAGAGGAAUUCAAAUUUAAGAUGGGUUCCUUGUUACCAAAAAUACCUAAAAAUAAUCCAUCCCAAAGUAGGACAGAAUUCGAGGGCUUAACAGAUCUGUUGAUAUAUAUUUCAGAAGAUUGGGGACGUGAUAAGAAGGAAUAAAAAAAAUUUGCAUACGUAACACUUGACGAUUGGAUACACCGGUCAUUUGCUGAUAUCUAGACAGCAUGAAAAUCGCGUGAUCGGUGGAAAAUCAUACGAUCGCAUACGCACGAAUCAUGUACGAGUUUACAGCAUGUUGCGAGUGUCAACAAAGUUGCAAGUAUUGUAAAUCGUAUAAUGUUAAAUUGGUUGUUGCAAGUGAAACCAAACUCGUUGAAAGAGACUUUACAUAUUUAUUUGCAAGUUAGACCAAACUUGGAAGAAGACUUGUAGAAUAUAUAUUUAUUAUAUCAUUUAUACUUAAAUGUAUUUAAUUAUAUUUACGAAAUAAUUUAAAAAAUUUAAAUAUUAAAUUAACAAGUAAAAAUUCUUCGGUUGUAAUAAUCAUGGAACGCGCAUGUUAAAAAAGUUAAGUACAAAGUACUGUGCAAUUAAUAAUUA